UUUCUGUUGUAAUUUAUGACGAUUAUUUCUUUUUUUUUUUCUUUUUUUUUCUCUAUUAUUUUUGAAUGCAACGUACUCAUAGUAUAUCUAAUAUACGAACUCUUGUGAUAGCUACAGCUUCUUUAUUUACUAGCAUUUAUGGCCAUCCAUUAAGUGCCUAUACCACACCAGAGGUUGAUGCAGAAGAACCUAAAAUUGACUAUGGUUCACCCGAGUUUUAUGAGAAACUUAUUGUCAUCUUUGGUCUUGUUCUUUUAGGCGGUGUCUUUGCUGGUCUUACUUUAGGUUUAAUGGGUUUGGAUGAAACGAACCUUCAUGUACUUACUCACUCUGGUACCGAGUCUGAAAAGAAGUAUGCUCAACAAGUCCUUCGUUUACUUCAUCGCGGUAAACACUGGGUUCUGGUUACUUUGCUCUUGUCUAAUGUGAUUGUGAAUGAGACAUUACCUAUUAUUCUUGAUGGUGUGCUUGGUGGUGGUUGGAAAGCUGUUGUAAUUUCUACUGCUUUGAUUGUCAUUUUUGGAGAAGUAAUUCCACAAUCUAUUUGUGUACGUUAUGGCUUAGCUAUUGGUGCCAAAACAUCACCUAUGGUGCUUACACUCAUGUAUAUCAUGUAUCCUAUUGCUUAUCCUACAGCUAAGCUUUUGGAUUAUGUUCUUGGUGAAUCUCAUGGUACUAUUUACAAAAAGGCAGGUCUUAAAACGCUUGUUUCUCUUCACCAGUCUGUAAAUCCUGCUGAUGUUGAUGCAUUGACUGAAGAUGAAGUCACUAUUAUUGGUGCUGUUCUUGACUUGAGAUCCAAGCCUGUUUCUCAAAUCAUGACACCCAUUGCCGACGUAUUCACACUUUCUACAGACGACAUCUUGAACGAAGAAUUGGUCGAUAAAAUCCUGAUUGCUGGUUAUUCUCGCAUUCCAGUCCAUGCCCCUGGAGACAAGAUGAACUUUGUCGGCAUGUUGCUUACCAAACGUUUGAUUACUUAUGACCCUGAAGAUGCUUCGCCUGUCAAAAAUCUUCAGAUCAGUACUUUGCCCGAAACUGGACCAGACACAAGCUGCCUCGAUAUUCUUAACUUUUUCCAAGAAGGCAAGAGUCAUAUGGCCUUAAUUUCAAACGAACCUGGAUCCAAUACUGGUGCUUUAGGUGUGAUUACAUUGGAAGAUGUAAUUGAAGAAUUGAUCGGUGAAGAAAUCAUUGAUGAAACAGACGUUUAUGUGGAUGUACACAACAAGAUUCGUGUUGUACGUCGCCAAGUGAACAACAGUAGAAGAAACAGUCGUUUGACGCGUUUAUUAACAGCCCAUAAGCGUAAACCUGUUCGUGAAAACUCAGCCAGUUCUGUCAACAAGAAGGUAGUAGAACCUUAUUUGAAGCCUGUUUAUGGUGCUGUGCAUGAUGCCUCUGUAUUAUCUACUUCCCCUGAACACCACCAAGGUGAAACCCAACCUCUUUUAAACAAUAGACAAUAAACUUCAUUUAUGCAUAAUUUUCUAA